CCAUAGAUAACCUCUUUAAUCCACAAGAUGUCCCUUCUUUAACUGGAAGAACUCUUCAAUCUAGUACAGACCUCUUAAUGCCUAACGACAAUUCAACUCCCCUAUCGAUCACUAUCGAUCCCCUUAAAUAUUUAGGUACACUUCCCGAAUUUACCGGAGACUAUCGAGAUCUUCAAACCUUCAUUAACCUAAUAGAGAGAGUUCAUCCUCUUCUCCAAAGAUACGAUGAACCAUCUCAAUAUUUAUUUUCUGACAUAAUAAAAAGCAAAUUGAAAGGAAAAGCUAGGGAAAUAAUUGAAAUAAAUUGCCAAGCACAAUCUUGGAAUGAGAUAAAAUCGAUACUUAUGAAUAACUUUGGUGAAAGACAAAGUUUAGAAGAAUUAUUUGACAAAUUAAAGAGUGUUACUUUUAAAACUAACAGUGUUGAUUUUUAUAAUGACAUUAAAACCCAUCUAAGAAGUCUCAAUAACAAAACAAUUAUAACAUUAGGAACAGGACCAGGAACUAAUGAAUGUGCCAAAAAUAACAUGAAGACAGCCCUAAACAUAUUCAGAGAAAAGUUACCUGAACCUAUGAAGACUAUAAUUACAUGUAGGAAUCCAGAUACAUUAGAAAUAGCAAUGGAUAUAUUAUUUCAAUCAGGUUAUGCAUAUUACACUACAUCAAACGGAGUGUUUAAUACUACUCCAAAACAAUUUAAUCAACAAGACAACAAUAAACACAAACAAGAAUACAGAAACCAAACACAAACACCACAAAACAAUGACAGACCCCAACAAAACAAUUCAAAUAACCAUAAUAAUUUCCAAGGAAACAAAAAUUACAGACCAAGACCAAAUCAAGGAUAUAGGAACAAUAAUCAAAUCAAUAGGAACUUCAAUGGUAAUAAUUAUCAACCAAGGGACAAUUAUUUUCAACAAAAUAGAUAUGUAAACAAUAAUCCAGCCCAACCAAAUUUUCAAAAUAAUUGGAAACCCAAUUUCAAUCAU